AUGGGGCAAAAUGAAGAAAACCAAGAAGAUCAGCAGCAGGAACAACCUCAAUAUGUGCAUAACCAAAGCUCCGGCCAAAAUGAAAUCUAUGCCACAAACAUCACAAGACACUCAAAGGAUCUCCAACUUGGAGACAUUGAUAGAAAAGAUGAUGAAGCACCAAGAGACAAUGAUGGAGAAACUCAUGAAAAAUCAAGAGAUGGCAAGACAAGAUCAAGAAGCAGCACGGAAGGAUCAAGCCAUAACAAUCAAAACCAAGAAGCUGCAAUCAGAAAUCUUGAGAGGCAUAUGGAACAAAUGGCUAAACAAAACACAGAGAUGGGUGAGAAGCAAUCAAAUGCAUCCCCUAGUACCACUUCAGACCACCCAAGGGACAAAGGAAAAGCUACAAAGUGGGAGGAGUGCAAAGCAAUUAUGGUGGGAAGUGAGAAGGAAGCCAUCAAUCAGGAAGAACACAACAGAAAAGUUCCACGAGAAGAGACAGAAGAAAAAAGUGAAGAGGAGAGAAAGACCAAGAAUGCAAAAAGCUCAAAGAAAGAUGAGGACAUCCUUGAAACACAGCUACAGGAGAAGAAGGAAGGGUGA